UAACACCGCUUCAGACAUGAUGUGUAUUUUAAUCUGAUGCUUGCCCUAUGACAGCUGGAAUAGGCUCAAGCCCAAAUACAAUACAACAGGCCUAAACUAGGCAGCAGCAGGGGAGACAAAAGGAGACAAAGUAUCCUUCAGUCAGACUCAGCCCACGGCUCAGACUGUCCACACCCUCCAGCCGAGCGUUCACAGGUAGGCACAAAGUUCAUGAGCCCCCUUCAUACGAAUUCUUCGGGAUUUUAGGUGUUAACAGCCUUAACGACCUACUCCAAACACCUGUACAGGAAGAAGCAUAAUGAAAUGACAUUGCUGUUGUCCAUCAUCAUCAUCAUGAAUGUGUAUGUUGAGCUCUGCCAUUCAUUUGGGCUUCCUGUGUGGUUAGCAUCGCUGCUACAUGCUGCCAAACGCCUCAGGAGUGACCGCGCACGUCGCAAAAAGGUCUGCCGUCUUCUACAUAGGAAACUGAUUUUUCAUGGGGUUGGUGUGAAGAAGGGGGCUCUCCGUCAGCCCACUUAUGUCUACCCUGAAGAGGUGAAAAUGUUGGUGCGGACUGCCUUCCCAACGGACAUCUGUGACUAUCCAGACCCCUGCCAUGAUGACGCACAAGAAGCCCUUGAAGACUCCCCAAGCCUCUAUGAAGAAUUGGUUUUGGAGAAGGGGGAUUUUGGUGCUGAGUCCCUGGAAUGGUGUGAGCGAAGCAAAGGAAGUGGGGAAACAUUUAAUGAGGAUUUUGACACCUGCUUAUGGCACACCAACAACCUAUUAGAUUUGAUACCAGAUGGAGAAGACUGGAGCUUUGCUGGGACUGGAGGAUGCCUGGAGGAUACCUACAUUUUUCAGCAAACAAUGGGAGGCAGCCUCUGCAGUGGGGACAGUAAGGCCCGACGCAGAGAGUCGGUCUCAGCCAGGGACAGCCACAGAGAUGUCACAGAGAGUCAUGUCAGACCAUUUAUUUGUAGCAGGAGAAAAAGCCCAGAAAACUGUGUGGAACCUAAUAUUCUUUUGAAACUCAGCAAUAGAGACCUUUGUUCAGUUGAGAUCCAACCCCAUCCAAGUACAGAGAAACUGAAAUUUGACUUGCACCAAGAGCAAGGCAGUUUACAAGCUGCUGUCACAGGCAGCACAACGCCAUAUAAUUCACAUAUUCAAAAGCAACACAAAACAUCUGAUGCAAAGCUAGAUGCCAGAGUCACCUUGGGACCCAUCAAGGCCUUCGGGGGGGUGCUCCCCAAGGCCCACUGCUUCUCUCACAGCACCCCCAUUGGUCUUGACUGCCUGUGCUGGAGAAGUCAAAUGUCCUAUUCCUCGGUAGUUGCUCCUGAUGGGACAUCAGAUAAGACAGGACUUCGGGAUGACCUGAGCAGUGAAGAGGAUCUUCUCUAUGAUGAAUUUCGAGGUUCUGGACAUUGUUAUGGACACCCAGGAGGAGGCGGAGGAGAACAGCUAGCCAUCAACGAGCUGAUCAGUGAUGGAAGCGUGGUGUACGCUGAGGCCCUCUGGGACCAUGUCACUAUGGAUGACCAGGAGCUCGGCUUCAAGGCUGGUGAUGUCAUUGAAGUAGUGGAUGCAACUAACAAGGAGUGGUGGUGGGGUCGCAUCAUGGACAGUGAGGGCUGGUUCCCUGCCAGCUUUGUACGGUUGCGGGUGAACCAGGAUGAGCCCAUGGAGGAGUAUCUGGCCCACUUAGAGGAAACUCAGGCUGGAGAAGAGGGCCGGGAAAGUCUGGGCUUGUUGUUGGGACCUGGUUUACCUUGCAAAGAGCAGAUGAGAACAAAUGUCAUCAAUGAGAUUAUGCGUACAGAGAGAGACUACAUCAAGCACCUGAAAGACAUCUGUGAGGGUUACAUCAAACAGUGCCGGAAAAGGACAGACAUGUUCACCGAAGAGCAGCUUCGUACCAUCUUUGGCAAUAUUGAAGAGAUUUACCGAUUCCAGAGGAAGUUCCUCAAAGGUUUGGAGAAGAAGUUCAACAAGGAACAACCACACCUGAGCGAGAUUGGCUGCUGCUUCCUUGAACAACAAACAGAUUUUCAGAUAUAUUCAGAGUAUUGCAACAACCACCCCAAUGCCUGCAUCCAGCUCUCCAAGCUGAUGAAGGUCAACAAGUACAUAUUUUUCUUUGAGGCUUGCCGACUGCUUCAGAAGAUGAUAGACAUAUCUUUGGAUGGCUUCUUGCUGACUCCAGUUCAAAAGAUCUGCAAGUAUCCACUGCAGCUGGCAGAGCUACUCAAAUACACCAACCCUCAACACAGGGACUACAAAGAUGUGGAGGCAGCUUUAAAUGCCAUGAAGAAUGUGGCCAGGCUUAUAAAUGAGAGAAAACGCCGCCUUGAAAACAUUGACAAGAUUGCUCACUGGCAGAGCUCUAUAGAGGACUGGGAGGGUGAAGAUGUCCUCAGCAGAAGCUCUGAACUCAUCUUUUCGGGAGAGUUGUCCAAGCUAUCCCAGCCUCAGGCUAAGAGUCACCAGAGAAUGUUUUUCCUCUUUGACCAUCAGAUGGUGUACUGCAAAAAGGACCUCCUGCGCAGAGACAUACUUUACUACAAGGGCCGGAUGGACAUGGACCACAUGGAAGUAAUAGACCUGGAGGAUGGUAAGGAGAAAGGCUUCAACAUCAGUGUGAAAAAUGCUCUGAAACUGCAGUCGUUGGCUGGAGAUGAGGUCCACCUCCUGUGUGCUAAGAAGCCCGAGCAGAAACAGCGCUGGCUCCGAGCCUUUGCUGACGAGAGGAGGCAGGUCCAGCAAGACCGCGAGACAGGGUUCACUCUCACAGAGGUCCAGAAGAAGCAGGCCAUGGUGAAUGCCUGCAAAAGCCAUCCAGCUGGGAAACCCAAAGCGGUGACCAGACCUUACUAUGACUUUCUCCUGAGGCAGAAACACCCCUCUCUCCCCACUGCUUUGCCACAACAGCAGGUCUUCAUGCUAGCUGAGCCCAAGCGCAAGACCUCCACCUUCUGGCACAACAUUGGCAGACUGACACCCUUCAAGAAGUAAAAAAAAAAAAAAAAACUGUAAAGAAAAAAA